GGAAGAGCCUGGAAGGGGGGGGGGCAGUGGAGGUGAGUGAAGGGGGUUGUGGAAGGAUGUAAACACCAGCGCGGACCGGUCCUUAGCGAGUUGCAAGUCUUGAUCCCCAAACCAUAUUCUCCGUCAUUGCUAUCGCCACGACUUUGGAAGAAACAUGUAGCAUUCGAGACAUGGCGCAUCCCGAACUUCACACGUUUGCCGCACACGCAGAGACGGCCGUCGCGGCGGUGGGAUCCGUCUACGCCGCGAAUGAACUGGGCAAGGCGCUCCGCGACGAGUCCAAGCACGAGGCGUCGGAUCACUAUCUCAAGGCCGCAAUCGGCGCUGCGGUGGCCGUGGGUGCCUUCCACCAGCUCUCCAAGAAGGUCGAAGACCACCAGGACGACAGACAUUCCAUCCACCCUGAGAAACAGCCUGCUGGUUCAUCCCGGCAUCAUCAUCACCAUCAUCACCAUCAGAGCAACAUGCCCCAUCAACACCAUUACCCUUACCAGCAUCGACAGAUUCUUGAUGACGAGCACGACUCGGUCGUGUAUGAACACUGGACCUAUGAAGAUGCCCCUCGCGAUCACCACGGUCUGCUCGAUCAAGCCUCUGAAGCAUAUCACCUGGGGCAAGAGCUGCUAGGCGACGAACGCGAUCACAUCACUCACCUGGUCGCGGAGGCGGUUGGCACACUUGGAGCUCUGAAAGACGCGUUGCUCCAGAAGUUGAAAGAGCGCAACGAAGGUCCUUGAGUUCCAGGCCGCACGAGGUGUCGAGCGACGGGAUCCUGCGGCGUGGAACUCGGGACAAAAGAGCGACGCUGGCAUGAGGGUUGCCCUGGAUCAUUGUGCGGCUGGAGGUUUGAUUUCCAGCCAUCUCAGCCUCCUGGCUGAACCGCAGGGCAGCAAUGGACAAGAUUGGAACAAUGGAGGGAAUAAUACCGAGCACAUAGGCACGGGUCCUGCGUUGCAUAUCAUGUAUGCACUAAUUAUACGGCUCUUUUAAGGCGAAGAUGAGAUGAUAGUCCUUAUCACCCGCCUGGCGACCCAAUCUCUGUAUCCUUUGCUGCUUC